CCUUGUUUCAUAACAAAGAUUUCAACAGCGUGUUCACAUAGUAGGCUAUAAGUUUCACUGAGAGGCUCAACCCUCUGGGGCAGUUGUUUCCCGCCCAUUACCUAAACAUAGCUCCACCCCUGGCUGUUUCUGGUUACAUUAUGGGCUACUGCUUUGUCUGUGUGUGGAGCUUACUCACCCAGUCACUCCUGAACUGCAUGUCCCUGGUGAGAAGUCUGCUCGAUACAAACAGCGAGAGGAUCGUAAUUGUUUCAGUCCCAUCUCUACCAGCCAGUCCUGUCUGUUGCCAUCUGCUGCUCUGAAGAGAAGAGAGAAGUUAUUCAUUACAGCCCUCGGUAGUCCUUGUCAACAACAAGCGUGAACAAGGAUGCAGGAAGAGUCUAAACAAAGAAGAAUGACCAUGGAUUUUUCCCAUCUGCACACAUACACGCCGCCACAGUGUGCUCCAGAAAACACCGGCUAUACCUACUCUCUCAGCUCCAGCUACUCGACAGCAGCAUUAGAGUUUGAGCAGGAGCACCAGAUUGCUCCUGUGUUCGACUCACCCAGGAUGUCACGGCGGAGCCUGCGUCUGCAGACCAGUGCCGGUCUCUAUGGCAACGAGAGCAUGGCCGACUACUCCCAGAACCACAACAGCAGCAGCUACACCAGCAGCAGGAGAGAGACACGGACGGUGCGUAGCAGAAAGCAGCAGUCCAGCUCCAGCUCCCAGUCUUUGUCCCUGAGCCAAAUCGCCACACCGAAGAAAACCCUCUCCUUCUCAGCUGUCAAUACUCCUAUUAGCAGCAGCAGCAGCAGCGUUGAGCAAAGCAGCGCUUCCAUCCUGGAGCAGCCCAGCCUGAGGCAACGCACCAUCACCACGACCACCACCACCUCCACUGUUGAUGGACACUGGGGGUCAGGGCAUGAUGCUGCACUCGCAGGGAGGAGUUCCAGCAUCGGCCACAGUUCAUCAAGUGUCAACGGGGACGUCAGCGCCACUGUGUCAAAGUCCCACGCCACAGUCGUCAACGGCUACAUUUGUAAAGACUGCUCCAUACACUCACACAGGACGGACGCCCUCACCGCACCCUCGUUGUCAUCAUUUUCAUCAACACAGGCUGCUGCAGCUUCCGCCAGUGCCCUCGCCUCCUCUUCCUCCUCCUCUUCUUCGUCAUCACCGUUUACCAGCAUAUAUUCCCGAGAUAAGAGUCGGAGGAACAAAACAGGCGUCCUGGUGUCCGUGUCUAAAACGUGUAUAGACUACAGCAGACGAGCCUUGGCCCCCAUAGUGUCCUUAGUCACCCUGCUCUUCAACAGUGUGCUCUGGCUUGGCUCGAGGGCCAAGAGCCCUCCAGGAAAAGGUAUCUUGGCGUCCUUCUCAGACUCGAUGAAACAGGCAGUGUCCUCCAGUUUAUCCCGUCUGUGGCUAUUUAAGCAGAGCACUCUCCACAGGAUGAUUGGCAACAGGGCCAAUGGCUAUGAAGGAGAAGCCCACUCCAGUUUCUGUGGAAGCAUGAAUGUGAAAGAUCUCGUGACUGAAGAUGCAUCACAUCUCACUCUCAAUGGUUCCCUGUGUGAUGACUGUAAAGGGAAGCAGUACUCUGAGACGCGCACCGUCCUCCUCACACAGUCCUCCAGGCCCCGGCGCCUGGCAGGGGCGCUGUGGAGUCUCCUAGCUUACGCAGGUUACUGCCUGCUCCAGCCAGGUCACUGUGUGGUGACAGCAGGCAAAGCGCUGGGAUCAGGGGUUGGCACAGUGUUUCAGAGGCUGCUCUCACUGCUCUGGAUGCUCCUGGCAGCUCCAGUGAAGGCAGGCAGAGGAAUUCUGUGGUUUCUUGCAACAGGAUGGUACCAGCUGGUGUCUCUCAUGUCUCUCCUAAACGUCUUCUUUUUGACACGGUGCUUGCCAAAACUAUGGAAACUCCUGCUGUUCCUUCUGCCUCUCUUGCUACUUUUAGCUUUAUGGUUGUGGGGUCCGUCCACUGCAGCCUUGCUCGCCUACCUCCCUGCCAUAAACCUAACUGAGUGGCGAUCAGCAUCUCCCUUCACCCUCCUGUCCAGCUUGGUGCUGGUUUCUGCUCCAGCGCCCACCUCGGCCCCUGUCCCAGCACCAGACACUCCACUGGAAUGGACCCCAGCAACCCCGGUCUCACAGGCCCCGCCGGUCCUCCCCCCAGUAGUGGUGUCUAGUUUGGACAUGGAGCGCCUGGAACGGGUGGAACACCAGCUGGCCCUGCUAUGGGACCGGGUCCAGCAAGGUGAUCAGGAGCAGGAGCGGCGCCAUGGAGACACUCUGAACCUCUACAACACCCUGAAGGAGCAGCUCCACACAGAGACCGACAGGGACAGCCUGGGACUGUGGGUGUCCUCCCUGCUGGAGCAGAGGCUCAGUCUGCUGCGAAGAGAGCUUGAGCAAGAGGGCACAGAGAGAGCACAGACUGAGGAGCAGCAGAGGCAGCAGCAGCAGAGUCAUGCGGAACGGCUAGUUGAGGUGGAGGGGUUGCUGAACCUUUUGGCUGCCAAGACUGAGAAGGUGCAGCAGAAACAGCAGCAGUAUGAAGACGAGAGAGAGAAGAGAGAGAAAGAAGCUGUCAGUCAAACGGCAACUCCAGCUCCUGUCAGUGUGGGUGUGAAGCAGGAGGACCACGAUGUCCUGCUUGCAGAGGUGCAGAGGCUUGAGGUGGAGCUAGGCAAGAUCAGACAGGACCUGCAGGGGGUUAUGGGAUGCAAGGGCAAGUGCGAGCAGCUGGACACACUCCAGGAGACGAUAUCAGCCCAGGUGUCAGCUCAGGUAUCUUCCCAGGUACGUAAGGAGCUGCAGGCUCUGUUCUUUGGCAGCGGCCAGGCAGGAGAGGAGCAGGGUGCAGUGCCAGAGUCUCUGAUCAGCUGGCUGUCCCAGCGCUAUGUGAGCACACCUGAUCUGCAGGCCUCCCUGGCCUCGCUGGAGCUGAGCAUCCUGAAGAACGUGACCCUGCAGCUGGAGCAGAGCCGAGCACAGACCCUGGCUGAUGCAGAGACCCGGGCCAAGACCGUCACUGAGAUGGUAACUGGCAGCGUCCAGCAUACUGCCACUGCUGAGGGACUUUCUGAGGAGCAAGUGCAUCUAAUCGUCCAGAACGCUUUGAAGCUCUACUCCCAGGAUCGGACGGGCCUGGUUGACUAUGCCCUCGAGUCUGGAGGUGGCAGCAUCCUGAGUACUCGCUGCUCUGAAACCUAUGAGACCAAGACAGCCCUCAUGAGUCUGUUCGGCCUGCCUCUCUGGUACUUCUCCCAGUCUCCACGUGUUGUCAUCCAGCCUGACGUGUACCCUGGUAACUGCUGGGCGUUCAAAGGCUCCCAGGGCUAUCUGGUGAUCCGGCUGUCCCUGAGGAUCCUGCCCACAGCCUUCUGCCUGGAGCACAUCCCCAAGGCCCUGUCCCCGACUGGAAACAUCACCAGUGCCCCACGCAACUUCACUGUCUUUGGUCUAGAUGAUGAGUACCAAGAGGAAGGCAAGCUGUUGGGUCACUACAUAUACCAGGAGGAUGGAGAAUCACUGCAGACCUUCCCUGUCACGGAGAAGAAUGACAAGGCCUUCCAGAUCAUCGAGGUGCGAGUGCUGUCUAACUGGGGCCAUCCAGAGUACACCUGCCUCUACCGCUUCAGAGUCCAUGGGGAACCACGGCCUCAGUGAAUCAACCACUACCACACACUCUCAUAUAGUACAUAUCACUCUAUCUGUACAUAGUUCUGGCCUCUAAAACAAUGGAGGGGACUCGGCAAAACUCGUGGACAAUGUCUGUAUGAAAGACUCUAAUAAAUGAAGUUUUGGACUGUUAAUGAAAUGUGCCCUGAGAGAAUCAUGAAAGUUUGUUUUGUACGAUGAACUGAAAGAGUCAUGGACAAGAUUGUUUGGGAAUGUCACGGAUCACAGAAGAGGAGUUUGACAAUGGAAAAAGUGAAAAGCCCCUAUCCCGCUCCUUAAACCACCUCUUGCACUGAAUCGGCCCAGGAGGGCGCCAGGCCCCAGCGGUUGCAGCUGACAAAUCCAUCCCCCUUUAUCAGCACCUCCUGCUUCUUUUGGAAGGUGGAAGCUUAGAGUCGGGGACGACAGACUCAUCUCUCUCAUUUCCUCACACCCCUCUGCCCUUAGUCUCAUUUGGUUUAUGUUCUUAAUCUUGUUUAUUUCACUGUAGACUCUGUGCGGGUCUACUGGAUUUUCAGGAUCAAAGCCACUGCAUCUUUGCCUGCGACGCUGUCCAGGCAUGUCACUCCAUUUGUCUCUGUCAAAUCUCCAAAGUGACUUUAAUUCUGCUAUUGCUUGGACCAGACCACACUCAACAGGGGCAUAUUGGACAAGUGAGGUUUGCUGCUGGUGUUCCCUAGAUUUUCCAUGGCAACGCUUGGCAUCUUGCAUCCACACAGCCACCACUGAGCUCUUUAAUCUGGAGCUCAGCACACUGCAUAUGGACAGGCUUUGAAUGUUUUUUUCCAGGGUAGGCUUGAUGCAAGUUAUCCUCGAUUUCUCCACACUGCUACACUAAUAACCACUGACCUGAGCUCCACAUGCCUAGACAAUAAGGAGGUCCUGUAUUAUGUACAUUAAGCAACAUAGACCAAGUACACGUAUGGCUAUGGAUGGACUCCAGCAUUAAGUCUAGCAUGUGACUCCCGUACCUUACUCCAACUUUCACACACAUCAUGGACUGACAUGAAUGCAAGAGAGUGUAACAUCUGUGAAAGUCUGUGAGUCCUGUGCCUGGAUCUCGAAUCACCGUUAAAUCUUGAAAGGUAAAAAAAAAAAAAAAAAAAAAACUACAGCAACCCCUGUAGACAAAAGUGUGUUUUUCUGUUUGUCAGGAGACUCCUAAGCCGAUGCGAUGGUCUGGCUCCCUCUAGCGCAGUUAUAAACGUCCUCCUCACUAGGGCUCCCGCUAUUCAGAUACCCUGAAGGAAUGUAAACUGUAUAUUUUAUUGUUGAUAGCUGGUCCUUUAUAUCUGCUUUUAUCAGUGUUGCUUUAUAUAAAAAAGGAUAUACCCUGUCAUUAUUGUAUUACUAUCAUGGUUAUUAUUUCUACUACAGGUCAUUGUAUUAUAUUGUUUGACUUUGUUUUUGUUUUGUUUUUUGGGGGGGUUGGGGGGUGGAUAAAUAGAGGAUGCACUGUUACAACUCGAUAAAGAAAUGUUUGUGGCACAAGUCUUCACAAUUUGUUUAAAAAAAGAGGGGUGUAGUCAUCAAUUCUGGUUGCACGGAUGGGGAAGUCUAAAAUGUUAUGUAUAAAAAUAUUUUGUUCAUGAUCCUAUUUAUUAACAAGUCAGUUAGUGACUGCAAGAUACGACUUAGUGCAAUGUAUAUUUUGUCAAUACUAUUCAGUGCUUUUGGAACCAUCUUGAGACAGGAAGGUCUUUUUUUUUUUUUUUUUUUUUUUAGAUAAAUGGUUAUUUUUGUUCUGUCAUGAGAUGGCUUAACUGCUUUGGAAAAUAUUCCAAUAAAGAAUUUAAUUUUGAA